CGACAGACCACGUCGACACCACCGGUCCCCAUGACGGAGAGCUACUACAUGGGCAGCAGCUGCCGCGGCAGCAUCCAGAGCUGCGACUUCCAGAGCAGCAACAACAGCGCGGCCUCGCCCGUGUCGGCGCGCAACGCGCUGCUGUCUGAGUCUUCCAUCAACGCCCUCGUGACCGACCGCGAGCUCUUCACUACCGCAGCAAGUGUCGUGCCCAAGCUCCGAGCCGUUGUGGAGCGCCGCAAGGACACUGGCCGCAGCAGCAGCGUGUGGCGAAUGACACCGGCCGAGAGACAGCAUCCGCCAUGCUGGGUCGUCAAGAAGAAGCAGCACGGCGCCGAGAUCAGUGAGUUCGACCGAGCCAAACUACCAUCGGCAAGAAGCACGGACGGCCCCAAUUGGUUUCGCGGCACGACGAGGGCCACCGACGCUCGCCACUCGAUGAUUGAGUCUCGUGGGUCGCUCUACACUCGCGACGCCUUCAUGGGAGAGCACACGCACUCCGAAGUGCGCGCCAGGGAGCUGGUGCGAUGGCCUCUGAACGACCUCAACGUCACAUACGCUGUAUCGGCCCACGUCACACUAAGCUGCCGACUGGACGAGGCCAUGACGAUGCUGUUCAGCCGCGACUCACUGCAGUUCGACUCGAGCAUGGGGGCGCUGUUCGGCGCGCGGAAGCUCAAGAGCGGCGACUUGUUCGUAUCGCGCGAGUUCCGCAAGAGCAUGAGGACUGUGAUGGCGAUGGAGUCGGAGAACGCGCCGUGCUGGGAAGACGACGACCUGAACGACCUCUCUCAACCCGGUUGGGUCGCGUUGCAGUCCGUGGUGCUCCGUUCUCGUCGGUCGCUGAAUCCCAUGGCAGCAGCGAAGCAUACCAGCCGCCGCCAGAGACUCUGCUUCGCUGCGUAUUCGCAGUACUGCCCCGACACGAACGAGGCGUUCUACACCAUGAAGACCCUGUCCAAGCCCAUGCACGACAAGUUCACUCGUCGCAGAGACGACCGCGCUUCGGACCAAGCGAUUCGAGGCGACUUGGACCACAUCGCCGCUGGGUAUCACCUCGCUAGCUCAUACAGUGAUUUGAGCGGACACCAGACGCGUAUCGUAAUGACUGCGUACGUCUCCAGCCCACCAGCAGCGACAGUUCAGCCACGCGCUAAGUUCUGGGGGAGGGAUCAACAUGGGGCUUCCGCUCGACGGUACGCUCAUCCGAUCGCCAAUGCAGAGGCAAAGUAUGUGGUGAAUCUGCUAGCGGCGGCGACGACAUCGUUCGAGCAGCUUGUGCGCCGCCGCCGUUUGGGCUACCAGCCAUUCCGGCACAUACCCGUGGCACGCGAUGAGGACGAAGACCAUUGCUGCAGUGUGUGCCUCAAGCGCUUCGGGUUGCUGCGUCCACAACGGUUCUGCCAGCUUUGCGCGCACCGAGUCUGUCGCGAAUGCUCAAGAAAGUUUGACGUGGAGCCUGUGGCACGCAGAGUGCGUCGCAGCCGCAUUUGCUUCGCGUGUGUGGCCAACGUAGACGCCAGCGUCUUCCAACAAGACAACCCGCUCUUGAAUGCUUCGUUUUCGAGGACCUCGACGGCGGCAACGGCUGGGAUCAGAACCAGCAACGACGAGCGUGGCAGUGCCGCCAGCGUGAAGAUAUCCACCGCCUUCUACGACAUCUUGCUGAGAAGCGACGAAGACAGUCGCAGCACUCAAUCCGCCCGCGUGGAGGAGCAAGGGUCAAGAACAAGGCAGACGUCAUUCGCUCCACGUGCAAAGCGGCUGAAUCGCAGCAGCAGCGCCGCCACUGCCUCAACUUCCUUCUCCUCGACUCCAGGCCGACAACUCGCUGACGCGCUGUUUUCCAGUGACCCGCUGACUCGUGCACGAGCACUCGAGGUCGUACGACAAGUGGUGAAGCAAGUGACGUCCGACUCAGCACCACCAAGCUCAGCUUCUACAGCUUCGUCUUCGUCGACGUUCAACGCGUCCGUCCCGAUCCUCCACCCGCAGCAUCCGGACAAGGAAAUGGUGGACCGGUACUUAGAGGCGCGACUUCACCUCUCCAGCAUCUCGAUGAGUGGCGGCAGCAUCGGUGCAGACAGCAGCAAUAGCCACAUGCCGCGUGCGCGUUCCAGCUCUCUCUACAGCCGACAAGACAUCGCGCAGCGCCGCCGACGCAGCACUAGCGGCUAUUCUUCUUCCGUAAGGUACGACCAGAGCAGCAGACCGUCAAUGGUGCCGCGUCCGUGGAAUACCAGCGCCAACCUGGAGACGGAGCUCGACUUGGACGACGGCUUGGACUCUGCAGCCUUGGACUCGAUCUGCGAGGUCGCAGCGCUGCGCAUGCGCUGCUCGAUCGCCUACAUCGUCGCGCUAAACGGCGCCCACAGCUCUCAAGCCCAACGCGUCGUCGGGUCCUCUGGUGCUCCGCAUCCAUGGCCAGAGGAGAUGAUUGUGUGUCCGUCCCCACUCGUGGCCAACGGCAAGCCCUUCGUGGUCAAGGACCCCACGCGCGACCCGCAGCUCCGGCAUCUGCGACUUGCGCGCGACAUCGGCGUGCGCUUCUUCGCCGGGUUCCCCAUCAAGUCGCCCGACGGGGCCGUCGUUGCCUGCCUGUGCACGGUCGACGCCCAGGCCAGGGACAAAAUCUCGCUGGGGGACCUCCGAGCCAUGCACGCGCUCUCCAAGCUCGCCUCCGACAUGUUCGAGGAGGAGGUGAACCCGUACACUCCGCGCAGCACCAACCAACGCGGUUGA